AAAGUGUUCCUGCGAUUGGUCGCGCGGCCGUUUUUGGCGAAGGUGAAAGAGACGACGGGGAUCGUCGGAUUAGACGUUGUCCCCAACGCCAGAGAUGUCCUGAUCGGGCUAUACAACAAGACCCUUAAGGAGAUCCAGUCCGUACCCGACGUUGAAGGCUACCGUAAGGCCGUGGAAAGCUUCACGCGCCACCGUUUGAAAGUCUGCCAAGAGGAAAACUGGCAAAUGAUCGAGAAGCGCCUCGGAUGCGGCCAGGUCGAGGAGCUCAUCGAGGAAGCGCGUGAAGAGCUCACUCUUAUCGGGAAAAUGAUUGAGUUGGAUCCUUGGGUUGUUCCCGAAGACUAUGAAUGUGAGGUUAUUGAAAACGAUGCACCAGUUCCCAAGCAUGUUCCUCUACACCGUCCUGGUCCUCUCCCAGAGGAGUUCUACAAGACGCUUGAAGCCCUUUCUAAAAAGGACGAGCCUAAAAUCACCUGUUGGGAGCCACAAAUAAAGGAGUAAAAGCAAGCUGAAGGCAUUUUUGCUGGAGACACUUUGGUUUUCAAAGUUGAAGAUUGCAUUUUUCUAAUCACACUUUUGUUUAUGUUUUUUUCAAUCCUGCAUUGUGCCUGUUUCUUCAAUACAACAGAGCUUAAACCCUAAAGACAAAGGCUGGAACCAGUUGCCAAUAAUG